GCUUAUUGAUAUGCAAAUGAGGCAGGAACGAUCGACAAAUGACAAGCGUUUGUAACCACGUGACACAGUGAACUCAAAACAAGACCAGAGUAGAGAAACACACCGGUGACGAAGUAUGAAGGUGCUGAGUCGGCCGCAAGGGUAGACAUAUAGAAUCGCCGCUCUAGCUUCUUUACCUGAUAUUCGGUCAAGCCUAUUGUACUCACCUGGUGCCGAUCAACAUCCGACUUUAGUUUAUGGAGCUGCGUGGGUAAAAAGCAACCCAGUUGAGCUUCUCUCGCCGAGUUUUGAGGGAUAAACAGUGAUCCUUUAUACCACACUUGCAAAUCGCAUACCGAAUCGGAGCUUGACUUCAGAUAUGAUCGUGAACGCCACCGAUUUGAUGGAGGGGAUAAACAUCCGACCUGGAAAUGAUCAGCAAGGAAAUUGUCGAAAGGCCGAACUGGUCGGGCACGAGGUUGCCGCAGCUGCCGCAGACUUACGUGAGAAAUACCUACCCACCUCCACGGGUUUUGGUGUCGAUAGACUAUGUGGUUCUGUUUCUGAAGACGUAGCAGGGUCCGAGCUCGGCGAUGUCGAGGUUGAUAUGAGCCACGAUCGAGAAUCACCGUCGGGUUGCUCGGCGGAAUCAGAAAAAGACGAUAUUGAUGUGAGGGUCGACGGCUCGAAAACGGAAUCGGACGACAAGAAAAAGGCAAAUUUGGUAAAACCUCCUUACUCGUACAUUGCACUCAUCACAAUGUCUAUUUUGCAAUCGCCGCAAAAAAGGCUAACUCUCAGUGGAAUUUGUGAGUUUAUCAUGAACCGUUUUCCUUAUUACAGAGAAAAAUUUCCGGUGUGGCAGAAUAGUAUUCGACAUAACCUUUCUCUGAAUGACUGUUUUGUAAAGAUUCCCCGUGAACCUGGUAACCCAGGAAAGGGUAACUAUUGGACUCUAGACCCUGCUAGUGAGGAUAUGUUUGAUAAUGGAUCUUUCCUCAGGAGGAGAAAACGAUACAAGAGGCAGCAACCAGACUUUUUCAGGGAAGCGGGACCUUUUAUGACAGGCCCAUACCCUAUCGGGCGACCACCAUACGGCUAUGCGAUGGCAGGACUUCCACAUCAUCCACAUUCAUUACUGCCUUAUCAUUUAGUUUCACCCCUCCCGCCCCCAGUGGCUCUACCCCUCCCUGCCACAGCACAUCAAAACUUGGAUAACGGGGCUCUUAGUAGUCUACUCAGCGCCGGGCUAACCGGCGCGAAUUCAUCGACAACCUCGCCGACAAGCCGGGCAACCUUCACCAUCGACAGCCUGCUGAACGGGAGUAGUGCGGCACCCUCCACCACCGUCACCUCCACUACCUGUACGGGGCUAUCGGUCACUAGGGCACCUCACCCGAGUAUUCUCGCUAUGAACCCGUCACUCACGUUGGGCCCUCUUACCACUGGAGGCGGUGGAUCGGCAUUCUCAGCGCCAAUACCUUCUGCGCUUGAGCUUCUUAAAUACAGGGAUUGUUUCCAGUGUACACGACAACCAACCUCGACGUGUAAUUGGCGCUAGCAGAGACUAGGAAACUUUGUAACAUAAGAUUUUAAAAGAAAGAUGAAUAUUGCCCAAUUAACAGGGUGACUGAUCGGCUGGGAUGAAAGGAAAGAAAACGCUCAGAGGCACAAAACACACAGCCAGGUAUUCUCAGCAAAAAUUCAACGUGUAUUCCAACAUCUCCCGCAGCAAAAAAGGACAUUAAUGACGGGAAAACUUGAAGCGAGACAUUCAGAAGAACGGAAAGACCCUUUGUUCAAUUUACUUCAUGCAGGAUAUCUUUGUGAUGAGCAAAAGAAGUGUGUAAAAUAAAGUGUUGAUAAAGUUGAAAAGGUGACUGUGCGGCUCCGGUGAUCCAGCGGAAAUCGGUGAUAACCACACGCAGAACUCUGGCGGGCAGGGUCGCGGACUCACGCUACUAGCCGAGCCGCUCCCGUGAGUACCAUGUAAGUUGCACUGCCUCGCUUUGACUUUUAAUUUUGAAGGGUAUUCCAUAGAAUGUUGUAGAUUUGUAUAUAUAUUACCACGAACCAAAAAUACAAGGCAUACAUAGACGGGAGAGUAUUUACUGCUCUUUUCCUUUACUAAAAGAGUUAUAAGACAUAGAAAAAAGACAAUGUGUGCUAACAUGCCUAUCGGAGAAUUUAUGGGUGAGAAGAAGAAAAUAUAGUUACAAUCUGAAUAUAAUGAUGCAGAAAAUAAAUAUGAAUGUUGUGUUCUGUUGAGAUGUGAUCAAAGUAAAUAAAUUAUUGGAGGGAUUAGUGGUGUUUUGUCAACAAAUAGGCCAACUACUUUAUUUUAGUGUCAAUUGUAUGUGGGUGGGGCAAAUGUUAUCGCAGAAGAUUGACCAUAUGAUAGUUUUCAGGUGUAUUUGCUGUUGUACCACUUCCUAUACUAGUUUUACAAGUGUAAGAGAAUGAUACCCAUUUUAAGUACUAAGACUGCCAAUUACCAGCCCGCAGUUUCAUGUGUCAGUAUAAAUUGUAACUAAAGGACAACAAAAGAAUUGGUCACCAGUAAAGGAACAACCACUUAUAAAUCUGAAGUAAACUAUGUUUGUUGAGGAACAAAGUCGGGAACCACUGUUAAAGAAGUCGGUAGUAAUGUUCGCACUUUUAGAUGAUUUCAAGAGUAAAUAGAUAUAUAUUUUCUUAUUUGUUUGUUCUGAUUCAAUGUCUUAAUUUGUGCUUUAAGUGUUUACACGCCCAUACUGUAAAAGCCAAAACAAAAUUAUGGCUAUUUACUGAAUAUGCACGCAAAAAUAGAAGCAAUUUAUAUUUCUUUUUUUUUAUUAAUUUCAAAUCCCUUUUCCAAAAUCUUAAAUUGUGAUAUUUUAACUUCUUCGAUACGUGCCGACAGACUUUCUAGUCCAUAUAAAAUUUAUAUAUUCAAUAUAAAGACUUAAAAUAUUUAUUAUCCAUUCUACUAAAACAGUUGCUGAUUAUAUAUUCCAUACAUGUUUCAAACUUAUCAAUCUUCAAGUCGUAUUUGUCCCUGAAAUUCAUUGAUAUAAAAUGAUAGAUCACAACAAACAAUGGCUCACUUGGUGUUUAUUUCUGGAUAUUAAGCCGUAGAAAUAUACCAGUAAAAAUGCCGAUUAUUCUAUGAAAUAAACUUUAUUUGAUUUCGAAAUUUCACUAACGAUGACGAAGUUACGUAUUAUGUUUUCCUUCAGAGUUUAUGCAGACACACGUAAAUAGUCGGUAGAUUUGGAUCUAGAAAUUAUUAGGGGCAUGUAUAUUGUCUUAUUUUUCCUAUGACUUUAUCCAAAUUAUCAGCUCAACGGUUUGAUGAUACAUAAAGCACUUGAGAAUAAUUGUAAGUUUGCAACAAAUAUUAAGAUAUCGUUUUCAUUUCGCAAUGAAAGAGAGUUUCUAUUCCAAUUAUGAUAUCUCACUUAUUAUUUGUAUUUUUGGAAUAAUACUCAUAUAUUAAACCCUUCCUAGUAAUUCACAAUUACAAUCAACCUAUUCUUGGUCUACAUAUACGAUGAAAUUAUUUAAUACAGUCUUUUCUCAAAUGCGAUUGGUUUUAUGUUGUUCCCGUCUAUAAUAUAUAUUGUUUGUGUUUUAUGUUGUAUUUAAAUGCGUAAUUCUCGUGUAACAGUCCUUCAAAAAGCCAAUAUUUCUUUUCAUGUAUGUCGGUUUGUCGCGGUAGUUCUGCAAGAGAAAAUGCAAGACAACCGUGGCAACAACAUAAUACAGUGCAAUUUAAUUUUUGUAGAAAAAAUGUUGAGGUUUAUCAUUAUUAUUAUUAUUAUAUCACCGCCUUGUCAAUGGUUGGAACGACCAGGUUGUUUUGCGAACAAUAGACCAAAAUUUGUACUUGGUAACUAAAAGAAAAACUGUA